AUGACCCUGGCGGACCCUUCCAAAAUAUACGAUCUGCAUAUAGGAUUGUGGCUUCAGUCUGCCCAAACCAGAACAACAGAGCGCACCCCUUUAAUGCACAACCCCCUCUGUCCGAGGUACUAUAAACAAAGCGGGAAGAAGCUCGGCUGGAAAAACAGCGGAAAAAAUUCUUCCACAUGCAUAUGCGAGUCCAUGCACGCAAAAAUCCAGCGGCGUCCCGGCCGGCUCCCUCGGCGGCGCAAGACUGCGCGCCCGCGCAACCCGGUGAGGCGAAGCGUUCCAGAAAAAGGAGAGCGAGCGAGAGAGCAAGAGCCAGAAGGCUGCGACGGUCUCGCGCCUUCCUCGACUCACCUGAGCUGAGGCGCGCCAGUCCAGUACACAGGUGGCUUCUGAAAUCCUAUUGAACUUUGCUGAAUUCAUUUCAUAUGGUGGCAUUCCAGAAAUAAAAGACCUCUGAGAAAGAAGUAGAAAGAAUGUGAAGCUUUCCAACUGAAUGUUCAUUCAAAGAAUUAGGUUUCUGAAGAUGGGUUACCUGAACCAAGAAAGUGGAGACCGUUGAUGUAUAGGAAAUGCACAGACCCCAUUUGGUUGAUGAUAUUCUUUCUCUUUUGGUCAGGUUUGAUGUUUAUAACUGGCUACGCUGUAACAGCUGGAGCUGCAGAAAGACUUGUGUUUGGAUAUGACAGCUAUGGAAACAUAUGUGGUCGGAAGAACACUCCUGUGGUCGGUGCACCAUUGUCGGGACAAGAUAUGACAGAUAAAAAAUUUGUUUUCUUUUUGAAUUCAUGUGAUUUGGAAAUAAAAAAUCUCAAAAUUAAUUCAACUGCGUUGUGUGUAUCGAGUUGUCCGCAGGAGCAGCUUUCUUCCUUGGAAGAAAUUCAAUUUUUUGCAAAGAAUAACGGUUCUUGCCUCUGUGUUUACAAUUUGAAUGUUACCAGUUGUACAUAUAGUUUCAAAACUGCUGAGCUUUGUCCUGCCUUACCAGUUCCGCCAAGUGUGUCUUUCCCAUUGUUUAAUCGAUGUGUUCCACGAAAUGCUAAGUGCUAUUCCCAGUUUGCUUCUGUACUGAUAAAUGUGGUUAAUGAAGUGGAUAUUUUCCAUCGGAUUCUGGGUGGGAUUAUGGCAGGAAGAGAUACAGUCAUAGGAUUGUGCUUCCUUGCACUAGCAUUCUCUAUAAUAAUCAUGUUAGCCUUCAGAUUCAUCAGCGUGCUUGUGAUCCAUAUUUUUCUUACACUACUUAUAUUUGGAUUAUUAUUUGUUUCAGGAAUCAUGUGGUGGCUGUAUUAUAAUUACACCAAUGAGCCCAGCAUAGAAUUGGAAACAGAAAAGGAAAACAUGAAAUUAUUGUUUGGAUUUGCUAUUUUAUCUGCAAUCAUUACGGUUAUUCUCAUUCUCCUGAUACUGAUAUUAAGGAAGAGAAUUCACCAAACUAUACAGCUCUUUCAUGUUGCCAAUAAAAUUAUUGGCAACGUCCCUUCUUUGUUCUGCCAGCCUCUUUGGACCUUUACAAUACUUCUUUUCUUCUGGGUGUACUGGGUGGCUGUGUUACUUAGCUUAGGCACUGCAGGCAAUGCCCAAGUUGUUUCAAGAGGUCAAGUGGAAUACAAUAUUCGGUUUGGCAUUCGAUACAUGUGGUGGUACCACUUAGUUGGGCUUAUCUGGACAAGUGAAUUCAUUCUAGCAUGUCAGCAGAUGACUGUGGCUGGGGCAGUGGUUUCUUACUUCUUCAACCGGAAUAAAAGUAAACCACCAAGUCAUCCAGUCCUGUCUUCCAUAUCAAUUCUUUUUUGUUAUCAUCUGGGAACAGUUGUGAAAGGGUCCUUUUUAAUCACAAUAGUGAGAGUCCCAAGGAUUAUUCUAUUGUCAAUUUAUAGCAUCCUGGAAAAAAAGAAGAAUACAUGCGCAAGAUGCAUAUUCAAAUGCUGCUGCUGCUGUUUCUGGUGCCUAGAAAGAGGCCUAAGAUGCUUAAACCAGAAUGCAUACACAGCAACAGCCAUAAAUGGGACAUACUUUUGGACCUCAGCAGAAGAUGCUGCUGUUAUUUUAUCAAAAAGUUCAGCUAAUGCCACAGCAAUCAGCUGCUUCAGUGACUUUGUUAUAUUUCUAGGAAAGGUGUUUGUGAUAUGUUUCACAGUUUUUGGAGGUUUGAUGGCAUUUAACUACAACCGUGAAUUACACGUUUGGGUAGUUCCACUGCUGCUGGUUGCUUUUUUGGCUUAUCUCAUCGCCCACAACUUCUUAUCAGUAUUUCAGACAAUAGUGGAUGCCCUAUUGCUUUGCUUUGCUGUUGACAGAGAAACAAAUGAUGGAUCUGCAGAGAAGCCUUACUUCAUGGACCAAGAAUUAAUGAACUUUUUGGAUCAGAGCAGCAAGUUUGCAGAGAACACACACGGAAAUAAAAAUAUCCUUCAUAACAAGGAAUAUGGCACAGAACUUCAGCCUAUGGCCAGAACUUGAGAUGGUUCUAAAAGUACACAGCAAAAACAGCAAAAUUCAGAUAAAAGUGAAGGUUACCAAUAUUUUGAGAUAAAUUAUCUCCUAAAUCAGUUUGUACCUCUUGCACUGGAAGAGAUGAUCAACUCACUCUAACUGUGAAAAACUAAAAAAAUCAUUAUGUAUGGUUUUAUUGAAAUAGUAUUUAAAGAUGUUUUAUACUAAUUAUCAAAUCUGCUGUAAGUUUUUUGCACUUCGACAUGAUAAAACUGUCUUUUUGGUAUAAAGCCCCUUAAGAAAGCACAAUGAAAUUGAUUCAGCAACUUUUAUAUAAAAGUAACUCACAAUUUACGUGCAUUUAAUUUGUGUGCAUUCAGUUUUAUGCACUUGGCAAAAAAACUGUAGGAAAAAAUAAAAUGGGGUUGGUGUCUGAGGAAAAGACUUUGACAAUCACACCUGCCAUUGAA